AUGGAAGUGGAGGGGAGCAAUAUGGGUUUUCAGACUUGUUUCCUCGACACCGCCGUAAACACUGUAAUGGAGGGAAAGCUGAUCCAUGUAGGAGGAAUUUUGCUUCUUUCUGCUUGCUUCGUGGUUCAAUUUGGAAGUUUGAACGCGGUUUCAAAUGAUUCCUUUCUGGUAGCAUCUUCUCAUAAUGAAAGCCGCAUAGAAGUAUGCCCUUCUGGUUGGGUCAAGGGACCAAGUAAUACAGUAUGUUACAAAUACAUUGAAAACUCUCAGCCUUGGAAUGAGUCAGAAAACAGCUGCAGAAGCUAUCAUGGCCACCUUGCAGCAUUGACAUCAUUAGCAGAAUUGAGCUUUGCACAACACUUGUGUAAUGAGUGUUGGGUUGGUGGCAGAAGCACAGACACUAUCAUUGGGCACCAGUGGACAUGGUCUGACAAAUCUUAUAACUGGAAUCAAACUCUCAUUAAUGUCCUCACACCAGAUCUCAAGUCCAAUUGCACCAAUUCAUCAUGCUUCUACAAUCAAAAUAAUGACUCAGCAUCCAUGUGUACUAUAUUAACCAAUAGAACUACAUCUCUUGUUGCCAACAUAUGCAACAUAUCUCACUCUUCACUAUGCAUGAUUGUUACAGAUAACAAAUGUCAGCAUAUGCAUUGCCACAAGGAAUAUCUGAUUAUACUUGCUAUUGUGAGUGGAUUGAUUCUCUUCACAACAUUUGCUGUGGUGAUAUGGCUACUUGUGUAUAGGCGUAGCAAGAGACGCCGAAAAUCUCGGAAAUUAUCUAAUCCUGCUGAGCUGGCAUUAGUUCCUCCAUCAUGGAAAAUCUUCACUCGUGAAGAACUGAGGUCGAUUACCAAAAACUUCAGUGAAGCUAAUCGUCUUAUUGGGGAUGCCAAGACAGGUGGCACGUAUAGUGGGGUUUUGCCUGAUGGGUCAAGGGUGGCAGUGAAAAGGCUAAAAAGGUCAACUUUUCAAAGAAAGAAAGAAUUUUUUUUGGAGGUUGGAAGGGUUGCAAGGCUUUGCCAUCCGAAUUUAGUGCCUGUGAAAGGAUGUUGUUAUGAUCAUGGUGAUCGAUACAUUGUGUAUGAGUUUGUAGUGCACGGGCCUCUAGAUAGAUGGUUACAUCAUAUUCCUAUGGGUGGUAGGAGUUUGGAUUGGACCAUGAGGAUGAAAGUUGCCACUACUCUUGCACAGGGAAUCGCGUUCCUACACGACAAAGUAAAGCCACAAGUAGUCCACCGUGACAUCCGUGCAAGCAACGUACUUCUAGAUGAUGAUUUUAACGCACAUCUAAUGGGUGUUGGGUUAUCAAAAUUCGUACCAUGGGAAGUAAUGCACGGUAGGACCGUGAUGGCAGGUGGGACCCACGGUUACCUCGCUCCAGAAUUUGUCUACAGAAACGAGCUAACCACAAAGAGCGAUGUCUACAGCUUUGGGGUUCUUCUACUUGAAAUAAUAAGUGGUCGUAGACCGGCUUCUCAGGCAGUUGACUCGGUGGGUUGGCAGAGUAUUUUCGAGUGGGCCACCCCACUGGUUCAAUCACACCGGUACCUCGAGCUUCUUGAUCCUGUGAUUUCUGCAUCUUCUUCCACUUCUCCUUCUAAAAUACCGGAAGCUGGUGUGGUUCAGAAGGUGGUUGAUCUUGUGUAUUCGUGUACCCAACAUGUACCAUCGAUGCGGCCUAGAAUGUCACAUGUGGUUCAUCAGUUACAGCAGUUGGCAGCUUAG